AUGACUGGCCCGAUCCUCGAGUUCCGGGCUCUAGCCACGGCACGUGCCGCGACAGAGAUCCGCUGGAUUCCUGGCCACAACAACAUUACAGGCAAUAAUCAGCAUACCUUCGCGAACCAAUUCGCCACCAGUUUCCUCGACUUUUGGCGCCAGUCUCUCUCGAUAUUGCCGCCUGUGACGGCGCCGACGUACAGCAGCGUCGCCGCCGGUCGCAGUCCUCUCCAGGCCCCCGGGGGCAACGCCACUCCCUCUGCUGGCGCCCCGCCGCCCGCACCACAACAAAGAGCCGACCUACGUCUCCAGGGACGACCAAUCCCCGCCCCACCGAAAGAGGACCUCCGGGUCUUCGUGCGACUCGACGCCGAAGCGCCGGCGAGGAAGCUCGAAUCGUAUGCGAUCCGGACCCACAUCGCCGCGAAAGUCGGCAUCGACCUCCACCAAAUUCCGGCAGCCUUUCCCGUAAAUUCAGGCUGGGCUGUUCGCACCACCGAUUCCGCCACUAGAGACCUCAUUGUCCAGCGCCAGUCGGAAUGGGCACAGGAUCUCGGUGCCAAUAUCGUCGAGACCAGUCGAAAAUGGUACACCUACGUCGUCGCCAACUGCCCCCGAAGGCUCACCGAUCUGCAAGGCAACGAAGCCGACUACGACGAAGCCGUUAGAGGCGAGAUCACCUGUCAAACCGGCUUGUCGGCCGUCAGCAUCCGGCCGAGCCGUCAUGAUUCGAACGACCUUCCAAGAACCGCGUGCGGAAAAUGGGAGAACAGCUAUUCGCCCAGCGAACACGACAGACCGAACAGAAUGAACCAGGGGCCCAACGAAGCCCGCGAUCGCAAGAAGCGCCGCCGCCCGUACCUGAGCAAGUCCAGCCCCAAGAUGCAGGCACGGACGCCCGCCACGAACAGGAAAGCAGCGCCGUGCCACCUCCGAGCUCGUCUCAGCCAGCUGAUGGCCAGGAAUCGGAGUGCCGAGAACCAACUCCACAAUGUCACCGUUGAAGAGGAAGCGCUUCAACCGCGCCAGCCCCUCCACAUCAUCACUAUGAGAAGACACCACAACAGCCAGACCGGACGGAAGACCAUUCGCGUUUUCCAGGCCAACGUUGGCAAGAUCCCACCGGCGCAUGACUGUGCCCUCGCCCUUGCCGACGCUGAACAGUACGACGUCGUCUUACUGCAAGAGCCGUGGACAGAAGCCAAAGAGGGGCGCUGUCUCACCAAAACGCAUCCCGCCUACGACACGUUCUCUCCGGUUGACAGCUGGACGAACAGUAGCACCCGCCCGAGAGUCAUGACGUAUGUCCGGCGCCGUCCCGGCCUAACGGCCGAUCAACGACGGGCCGCGACAACCCGUGACAUUCUCUGGCUUACCAUCAACAUUGUGACGAUAGUCAACUGCUACCGACAGCCUGACUUCGAUGAGGCUCUUGACAUACUUCUAGCCUGGAGGCCACCGAGCAGGUGCUUGGUGGCUGGGGACUUCAACGCUAAACACUACAGCUGGCAGUCCGGUCGUCUCGAUGGCCGUGGCGACGACAUUGCUUACUGGGCAGCAGAGAGUGGCCUUAGUCUGCUCAACCCGGCCGACGUGCCCACGAACCCGCAUGGGAAUACCAUAGACCUUGCCUUCUCCAACAUGCCGCUGUCAGAAGCUGUCGUGGAGGACCAUCUGGCCACCAGCUCUGAUCAUUUCACGCUCAGUCUGACACUGCCGGAUGUCGGCGUGACCCCACUAGCACCUCAAAAGGUCCGCCUCACAACCGAAGACGAGAUCAACCGGUUCGUGGAACUAGUCCAGUAUGGGUCAGCGGACAUCCCUACCCUGACGACGACUACCCACAAUCUCGAUGUUCUUGCAUCCGCCCUCGUGCGUCUCCUCCAGGUAGCAGCGAAAGUCGCCGGGCGACCUGUCCGAAAACAGACCCGCAGCGCGCCGUGGUGGACCGAAGAAUGCCGGCUCGCCGCAGCGGAAUACCGCGCGAUCAGAAGAGUCUAUCCCCUGGGAUUUUGUCGGGAAGUUCAGCUCGCCAAGAAGGACUUCCAGAAGGUUGUCCGUCAAGCUAAACGGCUAUACUGGCGCAACCUCAUCGACAGCUUUACCGACACCGAGGUGCAGGACGCGACCAUCCGCACGGGGAAAACAUCUCCCGGCUCUGACAACAUCACUGUUAAGAUGCUCAAAGCGGCCUGGCAUAUCAUCGGCGAGCAUGUCCGUCGCCUAUACGAGGGAUGUCUCCGACUCGGUCACCACCCCCAACCCUUCAGGGAGGCGGAAGUGGUCAUGAUAGCGAAGCCGGGCCGGCGAAACUUGUCGACAGCGCGCGCCUGGAGACCAAUCUCAUUGCUCUCCUGCCUAGGCAAGGGCCUCGAGAGGCUCAUCGCACGCCGUCUAGCGUGGGCAUCCAUUCAUUAUGGUGUACUCCACCCUCAACAGGCUGGGGCCCUCCCGAAAAGAUCCGCCGUCGACCUCGUGGCUGCUCUCGUACACGACAUCGAAGAAGCAUUCGCUCGCGGACAGGUUGCCACGCUGGUGACAAUGGACAUCCAAGGGGCUUUUGAUACCGUCCUCCGCAACCGACUGAUCCUCCGUCUCCGCCAGCAGGGAUGGCCUGAGCACCUCGCACGAUGGGCUGGCUCGUUCAUGUCCGACCGCUCGGCGUGCGUAAGAUACCAAGACAUCACCACUCCCAGUUCUCCACUCCAGUGCGGGCUGCCACAGGGUUCGCCCGUCUCGCCCAUCCUCUUCCUGCUCUAUACAGAGCCCAUCUAUCGCCUGGGCGAUCCGAAGGGCCGUUUCGGCUACGCCGACGAUACCGGCAUCCUAUGCGUAGGACACUCGCUAGAGACGACGGCCGACAGGGCGUCGCGCCAUGUCAGCGAGCUCGUAACAUGGGGCGCCGCUAACGGAAUAAGCUUCGACCCAGCAAAAACCGAGGUCAUGCACUUCUGCCGAACCAAACCCAAGGUAUCUCCGCCCGUCUUCCACGAAGGAGAGAGACGCCCAGACAAAACGAUGCGCUGGCUAGGCAUCUGGCUCGACAGCACUUUGACGUUCAAGACCCACGUUGAGAAAUGGACAGCCAAGGCGCAAGCCGUGGCGCACCACUUGCAAGGGCUCGCCAACACCAAACAUGGCCCGCUUCCAAGCGCGAUGAGAAGGGCCGUCCAAGCCUGUGUCGAGCCAGUGCUGCUCCACGGCGCCGAGGCGUGGUACCCCGGACUGACUAGCCCACGUUGGAGCCAGCCGACCAAAGAGGGCUCCUCGGGAAUCCAGCAAUUGCUGCGGAAGAUGAACAAGUCUCUCCACAACUCUAUGCGUGCCGUUCUGCCAGUUUGGAGGACGACGCCUAUCGCAGCUCUGCAUCGAGAGAGUGGAAUUCUGCCGAUCGUGCAGUUGCCAGAAACCCGCCGUAUGUGCUUCGCAGCCCGCCUCAAGGCCGUCGAUGAAGCACAUUCGCUCGCAAAACGCACUCUGCAACCGAGCCCGCCGGCCAUUCAUAGGUCGAUCAAGCUGAAGUAUCGGGCGCCCCGCGAGGGUUUUCGGACCCGACUUCGACGCAGCGAUAAACUGCUGCCUCGCAGUACACGACCAUUGCUCCUCCCCCGCCGGUUCGACGAGCACGCGACACCCCUAAGACCGCGUCGAAAGACGACUGCAGAAGACUCUCGUGUAUGGCUUCGGUCAAUCCCAUGUGAGAUGCUCGUCAUCUACUCAGACGGAUCCCUCUCCACAGAGAAGGCCGCUGGGUAUGGCUAUGUGAUUCACUGCAGUGGACUUACCUUGACGAGUGGCAGCGGUCGCCUAGGCCCAGCUGAGGUCUUCGACGCCGAAGCCAAGGGUGCCUUUGAAGGGUUGCGUGCUGCACUGGGCCUCGCUGGCCCACGACAAAUUGUUGCAUGCUUCGAUAAGCUCGCUGUCGCGACUUGCCUGAGAGGCAUGCCCGCCAACUCCUCCCAGGCAGUGUUCCUCGAGUUCCAGGCCCUAGCCACGGCGCAUGGCGCCGUUGAGGUCCGUUGGAUCCCCGGCCACACCAACAUUGCAGGUAACGAGCAGGCGGACGCCUUAGCGAAGGCGGCCACUUCCUUGCCUGAACCAGCAGACGUUCUCCCAACACUCGCUCAUUUGCGCAGGACUGCCCGGCAGCAGCCCAGAGACGCUUUUGAAGCCUGGUGGGACGCCUCUGCACCCGACCAGUACAAGCCACUGCAUCUCAAGCCUACCACCGGCUGCCCUCAAAGCUAG